GCCUCAGAUAAGCUCCAGACAAUCCACUCUCGUAAAUGGAAGAGUGCCAGGGCACUCAAGGGCGUAAUGGACGAAUUAGUGGUUGUUCCUGACCACGGGGUCACAGAAACCCAAUUGGUCGGCCUCUUCUAUCGGGCCAUGGCCGAAGCCUUUCGAGGGCAGUUCUCCGCGAAGAGUGAAGAUCCUGCCACCACUUAUGAUUCCCUUAGCCGUGAAGUGGUGGCUUUUGAGGCAAAGUCAGUGUCACUUUCUACCUUCUGGCACAAAGACUUGGACAAAGGGAAGCAAUGGAAGGGUCGCACUAUCUCAGGGCAAGUUAAGACUAAGGAUAGUCUUGUCCUCACUCUAGAUGAAGGUAGUGUUGACGAGAUCCCCUACGAGCAGAUUGAGUGGAGGUUAGAGGACGAUGACAGUAGCAGCAGUCAAGGAAGGACCUACGCUGCUGUCGCGGCUGGAAGGAGGCCGCAAGGAGGAGGACGAGGCCAGGGCCAAGGGGGCCGGGGCUCAGGGAACCGUUCUCAGGACGAUCAGGGGGUUGGCGACAGAGGAGGAAACCGCCAAGCGGGAGGAAGGGGUCAAGAGUUGCGGUCGUUCUUAGGCCUAGCAAACUGUUAUAGGAAGUUCGUAAGGAACUUCCCCACUAUCGUUGCGCCCCUUCGCAAAUUGCUGAGGAAAGAGACCAUCUGGAAGUGGGACAAGGACUGCACGUUUGCCAUGAAGAAGUUGAAGCAGGCACUGAUAGAGUACCCAGUCCUUAAGGUGGCCGAUCCGUCCUUUCCCUUUGUCGUCACUACGGACGCUAGUCAGUACGGCAUCGGUGCUGUUGUACAGCAAGACGAUGGCAAUGGUCAUAGGCCCGUAGAGUUCAUGUCUGCUAGGAUGCCUUCAGAGAAGGUAGCGACAUCUACUUAUGAGAGGGAACUCUACGCUCUCAGGCAAGUGCUGGAACACUGGGAGCAUUACUUGCUUGGGACGCACUUCAAAGUCUAUUUUGACCAUGAGACAUUAAGAUGGUUGAAGACGCAGGCCAAGAUGACACCUAAGCUUACUAGUUGGGGACUCCCUGCUGCAGCGCCCACCAAGGUGAUGAAGAUGGCUGCCACCAUAGCCAGCUUGCCGACGCCGGGCAGUGACGACGAGCUGGGAAACGGGCAGCGACGACGGGCAGCGGCGGCGGGCAGUGACGACGAGCUGGGAAACGGGCAGCGGCGGCGGGCAGUGACGACGGGCAUCGACGACGGGCACCUCGAAGAAGGCGGGCAGCGACGGGAAACUACCUCGGCGAAGGUGGGCAGCAACGGGAAACUCUUCAGCGGGCAGCAACAAGACCACUUCGACGGGCAGCACGAACUCGACAAUGUCCUUCCACCCAGCGGUGCUACAGCGUCCGUGGAGAUCUACAUAGACUCCAUAAGUCUGGAAUGCCGAUCAGCAACGGCCGAUCAGAAUGUAGCGCCGUUGCCGGUGCAUUUGUCGUGUGUGGACGCAGGAGUGAAUCACACACUUCCUGGGUUGGCAUUGAAACCGGGUGAACAACACUCCUUUGUGAUGAGGCCAUCAAUGCCUGUGAACGAUGCAAUGGCGGCGGCAGCGGGGAUGUCAGGUGCCUCAGGGGGUGGAAUCGACUCCCGACGACCUACUGUAGCUGCCGCAGGCGGAGGGCGAGCGCUAGCGAGUGUAGUCGGGGCCGGAGGAGGAGGGGCAGGAGGAUCGGCAGCAGGGCAUUACCGGAGAGAGAGCAAAGAUUUAGCAGGGCUCACCGCUGAUACCCUCAGAUUGCAGGCCGCGGCACAAGGAAUGGAUCAAGGAGGACCUCCAACACAAGGGGGAGGCCCUUGGCCAGGGCAAUGGCCACCUACUGCUGCCCAGUCACAAAGCCAGGCAAAGUACUCCGUCAUAGUAUCCUGCCGAUGCAGCCAUACAGAAUCUCGGCUACAGUUUCGACAUCCUCUGAGCUGGCAACCACGACCUCCACUGGAUCUGCUUUUGUCCGUUACGAUGGAAGAGCAAACACCCCUGCCAGUAGCUACAGGCCCCAGCCCAUUGUUUUCGCCUCAGAUCGUCGUCGAGGUCGAACGUCGUGGUCACAAGGGCACAAAGAUCGGGCCGUCGUGAGAGGGCGUCCGCUGCUCGAUUGGCGGGACCGGGAAUGUGGCACGGCUCAAAGUCGAACUG